CUUAACUCUAACAUUACCUAGACUACCAAUUUGGUUCUGUCUUCACCGUGGCGGCAGCUGGAUGAGAAUUGUUUUUGGGAGAAAGACACCAUCAUCAUCUCAUCAUCGAUCUCAUAGUUUCCCACCUGCAUUGACACACAAGAAGCUACUACCAAUACUACCAUUACUACUAUUAUAAUAAGACAUCUCUUGCUGCCACCAUGAUGAUUCGAUUUGUGUGCUUGUUGAGUUUGGCGGAAGCUUUUACUACGCAGUAUGCUACCCCUGCUACCCACGCCAUGAAGACCAUUAAGCCCAUUAAGACUACCCAGCUGUGGAUGAGUACCACUGAGGAUUUUUCUACGUCUACUUCUACUACUGAUUCUACUACGAGCAAUUUGAAUGAAGACAAGUUUCUGUCGGACUUGAAUACUAUGGAAAUGGAAUUGCCGGGCAUGUUGUCGUCGACGGCCCAAGACGAUACCAGCCGUGAUAUCCAAGGCGAAUCGAUUUGGGAUCGAGCCACUCUGCGUCUGAAUGCCUUGGCCACCAAAGGAAGAGCUUUGCAGCAAAAUUACGCCAUUGAAAUUUCGGAGCUCCAGCAAAAGACGCCUUGGCAAGACUUUCCCGAACGUGUCCCACUUUCCAAUGCCGCUGUAUGGAGAGAAGAAGGACAAGUUCCUGUAGAAGCCACUACUGGUGCUACCACAACCCAAGUUACUACCACUUCCGAGUCAUCCACCGAAGGAUCCGCUGGAUGGGGUUUGGCCAUGGUCGUGGGAGCUGCUGCUGCUUUUGCCGUGGUGCAGCCGGACACUGUCACCUCUCUAUUGAAUCAAGUCAAUCUAGAUGUGGAUGUUGCCAGUCUCACUGCUGGAGUUUCCUCUGCUAUUGAAGAAGCACAGCAAGCCAUUCAGAAUAUUGAUCUCAGUGUGGACAUUGAUAUGGACAUUGACAUGAGUGCUCCCUUGCAAGCGGUUCAGACACAAGUUGAGGCCAUACAGGUCGGUCUCGCAGCUCAAACGGAUGCCAUCAAGGACGUCGUCGGUGAAUAUCCCACCAUGGUCAUGGCACAGUGGCAAGAAUUUACUCAAAACUUGCAACAAGCCACGGCAACCGGUGUCGAUGGAAUCAAGGCCUUUCAAGAAACCGCCACUACCCAAUUUGAUUUGGCCGAUUUGGAAUUCCCAAGUCAGUAAAGUGGCUUCACUGGUGGAACGGAUGGAAUGGUAUGGUAUGGAGGAUGAUGACGAUGACGAUGACGACAACAAGAAAAAACCAAAGGAAAUGACUGCUGGAAAAGUGAAUGAUAUCCCGCUGGGACAAUUGCGGAAAGAUGCCACUACCACCAUGGUCUUAUACGAACGUGUGUUGGUGCGUGAGCACGGAAAUAAAAAGGAACACGAAGUCUCCUGAUGGGAUUCAUUCUGUGGCAGGCUCUUUGGUCUAUCUGUCUAACUACACAACAAACUAUACAUAUACUUUUCAUAUCGUGCUCUGUACAAAAGCACAACAAACACAGCUGUAGAACUACAAAACAAAAAUACUAAAAGGAAAAAGUUAUCAGC